AUGGGGAACGUGCUGCGUAGCCUGGUGGCCUUCAUCCCGUCGGAGCGCUGCCAGCGCCUCCUGGUGGGGGACCUGAGCGAGAUGCCUCUGGACCGCACGCUGGACCUGAGCGGCCUCCACCUGCGCAGGCUCCCGCUGGCGGCCUGCGCCUUCGGCCAGCUGGUCAAGCUCUACCUCAGCAACAACCGUCUGGGCAGCCUGCCCCCCGAGCUGGGCGGCCUGGCCAGCCUGCAGCUCCUGGCCCUGGACUUCAACAGCCUGGAGGAGCUGCCCGUGUGCGUCUGCGGCCUGCCCCAGCUCAACACCCUGUACCUCAGCAACAACCGGCUGCACCGGCUGCCCCCGGAGCUGGCCCUGCUCACCGAGCUCCGCACGCUGUGGCUGGAGACCAACUGCUUCUCCGACUUCCCCCCGGUGCUGUGCCGCCUGCCCGCCCUGCGCACCCUGCACGCGGGCUACAACCAGCUGCGCGCCCUGCCCCCCGAGCUGGCCGGGCUGGGGGAGCUGCACAGCCUGUGGCUCGCCGGGAACCAGCUGGCGGACUUCCCGCCGGUGCUGCUGGAGAUGCACCAGCUGGGCGUGGUCGACGUGGACCGCAACCGCAUCCGGCGGUUCCCCCCGCUCACGCACCUGCGCGGCCUGAGGCUGGUGGUGUACGACCACAACCCCUGCGUCAACGCGCCCGCCGUGGGCCCCGGGGUCCGCCGCGUGGGCCGCUGGGCCGACUGCCCCGACGAGGAGGAGGAGGAGGAGGAUGCUAAAGUAAUUUCAGCAAACGGCAGAAGUAGUUUACGAACUGGCAUCCCAAGAUCACAUAAAAUGUCCUGUAUAUUUGCUAGACACCAGCAGAGCAACGGGUACGACAUCCUUUACGGCACGGGAAGGUUUCAGCAAGCACCGCCUGCUGGGCUCCAGACUAUUCUCUUGGACCCCCCUUCCUGA